GGAAGUGCGUCAUCACGCGUGACCUUGGCGUUCUUCUUCACUUGGUUUUCUAAGAGGACGAGCAUGGCGAAUAAGGAGCCCGGUGGUUUUCUGCAGCAGCUGCGGCAGAUCGCAGGCAGGAUGUCAUCAGGACCUCGGGGUGCAGGACUCGGUGUCAAGCUGCUGAUCGGUGCUGGAGCUCUGGCUUAUGGUGUGAAGGAAGCAACAUACACAGUUGAAGGAGGACAGAGAGCGAUCAUCUUUAACAGGAUCGGAGGGAUGCAGAUGGACACAGUUCUCUCUGAGGGACUCCACUUCAGGAUGCCCUGGUUCCAGUAUCCCAUCAUCUACGACAUCAGAGCCAGACCCAGAAAGAUCUCCUCACUCACCGGAAGCAAAGACCUUCAGAUGGUGAGCAUCUCACUGCGAGUUCUGUCCCGGCCGCUGGCGUCCAACCUGCCCAUCCUCUACCAGCAGCUGGGCCAAGACUACGACGAGCGCGUCCUGCCAUCCAUCGUCAACGAGGUGCUGAAGAGCGUGGUGGCAAAGUUCAACGCUUCCCAGCUCAUCACUCAGAGGGCACAGGUCUCUCUGCUGAUCCGCAGAGAGCUGUUUGAGCGGGCCAAAGACUUCAACAUCAUCCUGGACGACGUCGCCAUCACCGAGCUCAGCUUCAGUCGAGAGUACACCGCCGCAGUCGAGGCCAAACAAGUCGCCCAGCAGGAGGCGCAGCGAGCUCAGUUUUAUGUAGAGAAGGCCAAACAGGACCAGAGACAGAAAAUCAUCCAGGCUGAAGGAGAAGCUCAGGCUGCAAAGAUGCUGGGCGAGGCCGUGACGAAGAACCCAGGCUACCUGAAACUCAGGAAGAUCAGGGCGGCGCAGAACAUCGCCAAGACGGUGUCGCAGUCCCAGAACAAAGUCUACCUGAAUGCCGACAGCCUGGUGCUCAACCUGCAGGACAAAGACAACUUCAAUUUGUUGCUGGGGAAGUAAGAGGACAUCAUCAUUCCUUGUGGUCCACCUCUACAGAAAGAAAACUCACUCAUUUCUCACCUCUCAGCCGCUGUCGACUCCACGUCAGGUUUCUCUGCGACUCUGCCACGUUUACACACCACAAAAACUGACUUUAACCUGUGGAGAGUGUCACCCAGCCGCUGUCUCACCACUGUGGAUCUUUUCUGAAAGGUUCCUCUGGUGCUGGUAAAGGUCUCAAUUCUUCAGUUUUGUUCUGUUUCUUUUUUCUUUUUUGUAUAAUCAUCUGUAGAUGUUUACUUCCUCUUUUGCUUUUGUCAGAAUCAGAAAAAUGUUUUAUUUGUGAAUAAAAAGCAGUAAAUGUUGCUUCUUCGUCUGCAGGCAAGUUGAGUUUGUUCACUUUGGACACUCGAGCUUCGUCAGUUACAUAAAUGAGUUGGAAGUACUAAUAAAAAACAACUGCUCUGA